UAUUUUAGUUGUUAUCUUAAAAAUUUCAUUAAAUCGAUUCUGAAUAUAAAAUAUGUCUGCAAAUCAAAAUAAUGAUAUCGUGAAUAAUACUCAAGACCUCAAACACAACAUUGGUGUUGAAAAAUUGGAUGAGAUCAAAGAUGAUAUUAGCAACCAAAACCUUUCUUUAAAUGAUUCCAGUAAUCAUUUAACUAUUGAUGAGGAUUCUACACUACCAACAUCUGAAAGAAAUCGUAGAGCAAUCGAAAAGCUAAAUCACAUUAGCCAAAAUAUCAACAUCUUAAAUCAGAGAGUUGUGUCCCCACCUCAGGUUAUUCCGUUACAAAUUGAGGAGUUUAAUGAAUGUACAGGUGACGAAUUAGAAAAGUAUAUCAAUAGUAUUGAUUGGAGUAAAAGGAUUAGAAAUGUACUUAAAAAUUCAACUAUUGAUGUCGAUAGAGUUCUAGCCAGAUUCGAGAAAAGCGAAAGUAGGAAAGCUGCUGAUAAACCUCUGGAGAAUAUUGUAGAAUAUGCUUCCACAAAUAAUAACACCCAUACUAUUGAAAAUAUUGCACAAUAUAAAAGCACUUGCAAGUGGAUGGAAUGGGUUAGGAGCCUUAAAGGUGGUGCCAGAACUACAUAUGCUGAUUUACACAGUGAAGAAUUGCUUCAAGAAUUUACUCACAACAUGGGCCAGAGCAUGGAGGAUCUCUUAAAAGAAGUUGAUGUGGACGAUGUUCUAUCUGAAAACAUUGACGAUAACGUAUUUGUAGAGAAUACGACAAUACAAUUGGGUAGUGAAAAAAAUGACAAAGUGGCAGUCUUCAAUAGCGAAAAUACAGAGAAGAACAUUGUGCGAGGAGCUAAAGAGAGAGCUACAAAUCCUUACUAUGAAAAGGCUGAACACUGUCAUGAUCCAAAGAAUAUGGGGAAUGCAUAAUUAGUGAUAUUGCUUCAUCAAUUAAAAUUAAAUUAUGAGAAAAAUGAGAACUGAUUAAUAAGACUUAAAUGUUGUCAAUGUCUGCGAUUUAACAUAAUAAUUUUUGAAGGAAAAUUAGGAUGUAGUCAUGUUUAUA